CCUGUCUCUAUAUAAAUAUAGGCUAGAGCCCCUGUUUUUCUCUAACUUUACUAAAAGCCACUUUAUUUUACACACCUAGAAAGCCAAGAAAAAAAGAUAGUAAGAAGAAAUGGUUAAGAAAGUUGUGGUAUUGGUUGCCUUCUUUUUACAUCUUUGUUCCAAGCUAUUUGUUAGAACUGGCGCUGCAGGUUCUCCGGUGAAGUUUCUGCCCGGGUUCGACGGCCCGCUGCCCUUCGAACUUGAAUCCGGGUAUUUGGGUGUAGGAGAUUCUGAAGACGUGCAACUCUUCUACUACUUUAUCAAAUCUGAGUCUAAUCCUAAGACUGAUCCCCUCUUGCUUUGGCUUACCGGAGGACCCGGUUGCUCUGCCCUCUCUGGCCUACUAUUUGAGAUCGGACCUAUUACGUUGGCCCGUGAGAAUUAUGAUGGAAACUUGCCAACAUUGCUAUUACAACCUAACUCAUGGACAAAGGUGGCAAAUAUUAUUUUCUUGGACUUGCCGGUGGGCACGGGAUUCUCUUAUUCAAAAACGAAAGCAGCUCAUCAAUCAAAUACAACUCAAGCUUGCCAACAAGCUUAUGAAUUUCUUCUUAAGUGGCUAAUUGAUCAUCCAGAGUUUGUAUCAAAUCCAUUAUAUGUAGCGGGUGACUCAUAUGCAGGCGUAUUUGUUCCUAUCAUUACUCAAAUCAUAUUGGAUGAGAAUGACAAGGGAUUCAGCUCCAAAAUCAAUAUUAAGGGAUAUGUACUUGGGAAUCCAUAUGCGGUUCCGGAUUAUGACAACUACAAAAUCCCUUUUGCGCAUGGAAUGGGACUCAUUUCGGAUGAACUUUUCGAGUCUUGGAAGAAGAACUGUAAAGGGGAAUCAUAUGCCAAUAUAAACCCAGAAAACGUCAAGUGUUAUGACGACGUUCAAGCUUUCAAACAGGUGGUUGGCAAAAUUAAUGAACCUCAUAUUUUGGAGCCCCUCUGUAGUGGAAGUUCAUUCAGGUCCCACAAGGGGUUUGCCCACUCAAGGAUUCUUCUUGAGCAAUCUAAUGACCUCAUCAGAACUGGUCCAUUUCUUUCAAUAGUGAAAUGUCGGUCAGAUGUUUAUGUCUUUUCGGAAAAUUGGGCGAAUGAUGAGAGCGUCCGAGAGGCACUCCAUGUUAAAAAGGGAUCUAUAGGAGAGUGGAAACGAUGCAGCAGCAAUUUAGAUUAUAUUACAACAACGGAUGAUAUAACUCCAUAUCAUCUAAAUCUCAGCGCCAGAGGCUACAGAUCACUCAUUUACAGUGGCGAUCACGACUUUCUUGUAACCUACAUUUCGACACAAGCAUGGAUACGAUCUCUAAACUAUUCCAUUAUUGAUGAGUGGCGGCCAUGGAUGGUUGAAGACCAAGUUGCAGGGUUUGCACGGACAUACUCAAACAAGAUGACAUUUGCAACAGUGAAGGGAGCAGGUCACACAGCUCCUGAGUACAAACCCAAAGAAUGUCUAAGAAUGAUACUAAGAUGGCUUUCUAAUAAAUCACUAUGAUAUAUCUAUUAUUAUAUAAUCAAUGUAAGAAACACAUUUGAAAUCUUUUAAAUUCAGACACUUUCGUGCCAAAACUUUUUGGAGUGAUCCAAAGUAAGUAAAGAGUUCUCUUGAGUUGAUAUAAAUAAAUCAUUCUGAUAAUUCUUGUUUCCAUUCUAAUGUAUAGUACGUAGUACUACAAUUUGCAAUGGCUCAAUAAAAGAUAAGUCAUUUC